AUGUUCAGAAUUAGAGUUUUUAACUCUGAACAUACAUGUCCUUUAAAGGAUGGGGUGCAUUCAGAUUGUCGUGCAACAAGUGGAUUGAUUGGAGGAAUAAUCGCACCUAAAUUGAGAAAUCAGAAGAGGAAAUACACUCCAAAUGAUAUCAGGGAUGACGUUAGAUUGGACUUGGGUAUUGCUAUUAACUACAUGUUGGCAUGGCGAGCAAAAGAGAAGGCAUUAGAAUCGAUAAUGGGGCAACCAGUUGCGUCUUAUGGAAAGCUACCUGGAUACUUGUAUACCUUGGAUAAGACAUACCCUGGUUCACAUAUUCGAAUGAAGAAAACACUUGAGAACGAAUUUUUGUAUGUGUUUAUAGCGUUGCAUGCUUUUAUAAAGGGAUUUGAUCAUUGUAGGUCGAUUGUUGUUGUAGACGCCAGCCACCUCAAAUCAGCAUAUACUGGAGCAUUCGUAUCAACCAUCACUUUGGAUGGAGCAGAAAAUGAUGUUGCUUGGACAUGGUUCUUUGAACAAUUCAAAGAAGCUUAUGGUGAAAGAGAGAAUAUGUGUGUGGUAUCUGACCGACAUAAUAGCAUAAUAAAGGCUGUAUCUACUGUAUACAACAAUAUCCAGCAUUACGCCUGCAUAUGGCACUUGUGGGCUAAUGUAUGCAAGAAUUUUCGAAAAUCAAAUGAGCAAUUGAGUGAAGUAUUCUACACUAUGGCAAAAGUGUAUACAAAAACUGAUUUUGAUAAGCUAAUGAAAAGAGUUGAGCAGUUUGAUGUAAGGGUGAAGAACUACUUGGAGUUGGUUGGAUAUGAGAAGUGGGCAAAGUUGUAUGCACCAGUUCCUCGUGGUUGGAUGGAAUUGCACAAAUCGAAAAAUGCAUCAUGCACUUUCACACUACUUGGGCAGAAGUUUCAGGAAAUGCUUGUGCUUAAUGAAUCAAAAUCUGGUCGUAUGACGGUUGUCCCGUCAACUGAUUACAUUUAUUCAGUAAGUGGUGAAGGGAAGAGUUAUAUUGCAUGCUUUGAAAAGAAGACUUGCAGUUGCAACAGGUUUCAAGUUGACGGAAUACCGUGCGCACAUGCGUGGAGGGUGUUGAACAAAAAACACAUGCUUCCAGAUGAAUAUUGUUCAGACUUUUACACGCCAGAAACAAUAUUGAAAACAUAUGAAGUGCCUGUGUAUCCUCUCCCUGACAAAAGUGAAUGGAAUAUACCUGAACACAUUGAUACCGAAGUUGUGUUGCCACCAAAAUACAAACAAUCUCCAGGAAGGCCAAAGAAGCAACGGGAGAAGUCAUUUAGCGAGUUUAGCAAACGGAAGGGUACCAAUUCUUGUAGUACAUGUGGACAGCGUGAUCAUAAUAGGCGUUCAUGUCGAACUGCAACACGGGAUGCAUAG